UUCAUUAAACUAAGCGCAACCAAACAAAGCAAGAAGCCGACAACGAAGUUGGUGUUAUUGUCGUUGGCGUUGCUGUUGAGAGCCUCCAAACAGCACCCGAUGUUCCCUCCCUCCAUGGAUGCUCUCUCUCUCUCUUCUGGAGCUCAACUCACUCUCCCUUUUCUCUCUCUCUGCUACUUCCUCAAGCUUAGCCUUAUAGAAUCUUCAAGAUCAGUCAUCGGUUAACUUCUUCAAAGGUUUUGACUCUGAAGUGGAGAGUUUUGGUAUGUAAGCUAGUAAACCAAAGGUGGAAAUCUGGAUGAGUGUCUCCUGAGCUGGAAGUUUCAACAAUACAGUCUGAGUUCGUUAGGGUCAGUUAGUCAAAUUGUGCUGAUAUUCCUGGGUUUGUCGAGGAGGGAGAAAAUUGGCAUGGCUGUUGCCAAGAGCAGCAGCUGCAUUGAACCUUGUACCUCAUACAACUGUUACAAAGUAGCAGGCCUGACUGAAACCAUAUUAGAUGCAAAUUAUACAUCUAAUUUGAAAGAUCGAUACAUUCUCGGGGAGCAGUUGGGUUGGGGUCAAUUUGGCAUCAUAAGGGCAUGCUCUGACAGGUUGACAGGAGAGGUUUUGGCCUGCAAAUCUAUUGCUAAAGAUAGGUUGGUUACUUUGGAUGAUCUGAGGAGUGUGAAACUUGAGAUUGAGAUAAUGGCUAGGUUAUCUGGGCAUCCAAAUGUUGUUGAUCUCAAGGCAGUGUAUGAAGAGGAAGGUUUUGUUCAUUUGGUGAUGGAGCUCUGUGCAGGAGGGGAGUUGUUUCACCGAUUAGAGAAGCAUGGACGGUUUUCUGAAUCGGAAGCCAGGGUUAUCUUUAGGCACCUAAUGCAGGUUGUCUUGUAUUGUCAUGAAAACGGGGUUGUUCAUAGAGAUUUGAAGCCUGAAAACAUUCUCUUAGCAACAAAAGCCUCCUCAUCUCCAAUUAAAUUGGCCGAUUUUGGGCUUGCAACCUACAUAAAACCUGCAGGACAGAGUUUGCACGGGUUAGUCGGGAGUCCAUUCUAUAUAGCUCCAGAGGUACUAGCUGGUGCAUAUAAUGAAGCUGCUGAUGUAUGGAGUGCAGGGGUUAUUCUUUACAUUCUGUUGAGUGGGAUGCCUCCUUUUUGGGGGAAAACCAAAUCACACAUAUUUGAAGCUGUUAAGGCAGCUGCCCUGAGAUUCCCAUCGGAACCUUGGGAUCGCGUUUCUGAGUCAGCUAAAGAUUUGAUCAAGGGAAUGCUGUGUACAGAACCUUCUCUAAGGCUCACUGCCCAGGAGGUUUUAGAUCAUUGCUGGAUGGAAAGCAAUCAAACAAUUCCUGAACAACUAAGUGAACAUAAUACCCAAAGUUGUGAAGAAAGGGAUGUUGGUGGCAGCUCAUUCUCUGCCUCUUUUAUGUCCAGGAAUCAGGACAUCAGCUUCGGCACCGGAUCACCUAUUUGUGAUGCUCAAUCACCUACAUUCACAUGCAGAUCAUCAUUUUCGUCUUUUCUGGGAGAACCAGUGACUCCUUGUUUAGUUUCUGGUGGGUUUUCCUUUCAGAGCAUGGGCGAUUCCCUGGAAUUUGCUUCACCUGUUCCCUCAAUGCUCAGCUUUUCAUUUCUGAGCCCCAGUUCUGUUGUUGAGCAAAAGAGCUGUAAAUUAGAGGGCUCAAAUAACAUGUCAGAUGUAAAUGCAAUUGCUAGAGAAACAAGCUUGGGGAAGUUGCUUUUACCACCAGACUCUCCCCAUUGUGUUGGACAUGAUGUUAAAGAAAUGGAUCACAAGCCUGCAGAGAAUAAAAGGGCUGGUGGGAUGAAUGGACAUAGAGUAUUGGGAAUCCACAGUAAGAGAAACAGGACAAUUGGACUUGGUGAUUGUGUACAACUUGACCUUGUGGUGAAUGAAUCAGUCAUCCGUUGGUUAUCUUGCACUCAACUGCCUACAUCUUUGAGAUCAUCUCUUGUCUGCUGAAGCUUCUCAUUUGUGCCUAAAUUGAGAAGUGGUAUAUACAAAUUGCUCUUCAGUUUUCCUUCUCAAUUCUCAUGUGAUGUUAUGUAUUUCUAGUGAGUACAAAAUUACGAAAUAGAAGUAGAACUAGGAGUUUUUCAACAGUUGGUGAAGUGUGUAACACAAAUGUACUAUUAACUGUAUUGACGGUGCAAAUUUGUUGUUUGUAUGAAAACAAUUAGAGAAAUUGUGUCUAUUUAGUAUGAAUCCAAUUAGAGAAGUUCAGGUU